AUCGCUUGAAGGUGGUCGUGCGGUUGUAAUCGUUCGGAAUAACAUUUAUUAAGCAAAAAAGAACUGGCGCGGUCGUCUUUCGUUUUUGUAAUUCUUAUAUAAAUUCGCAAGUGCGCGAACAAUUGCUUCAAAUUAUUGCAGUCAAGCAAGUGGCAAAGAACAAAUUAUCAAAAUAUUUGUUGCGUUUUGAUGUUAUGCAAACAAAAUAUAAAAACAUUGUACAAAAUAAAUAAGGAAAACCGUUUAAUUUGAGAGCUAACUAAGCAUUUUGCAAACAAGAGAAAGUUAGCAAAGCAAACGGGGAACAAUAGUGACAAAGCUAAGGAAUUUUUACGUCAUUUGUUGCUGUUUUUGUUUUGUGGUGCAAAUUCGUGUGCAUUUUUGUUGUAUUGUUGUGUGCACCAACACAUUUGCAAAGGAAAAACAGAAUUCGCCAACCAGCGUGCAAAUAAAAACAUAAAAUAAAACCUGGAAGAAAAUAAACUUUAAUAGCCGCUUAACUGGUCUCUUCCACGUGAAUGUCUAACAAAUCACAGUAUCCAACGUAUCAACCGAUACCCACAACUACAGUCACCAUGGACAAUCCGGCCAUGACCCGUAGCACCAGCAGUGCAGACGAUGGGGACCAGACCGGUGCUGGUGCCUUACCCUCUACAUAUUCAUCUCAACAGCUAAUGCCGCCGUCCGACAGCGAUAGUGUCGAUGACACAGAAAGACAAAGACAACGACAAAACAGUGCCACCAUUGAUUGUGCUCCUGGUGCCCGCCGCUGUGUUACCCGUAGCCAAUGGUUUACAGUGGGUGUACUAUGUUUUGUAAAUCUAAUCAAUUAUAUGGACCGUUUUACAAUAGCAGGUGUCUUGGAGGAUAUACAGAAAGAUUUUCAAAUGCCUGACGAUGAUGCGGGCCUUCUGCAAACGGUUUUUGUGCUGUCGUAUAUGGUGUGUGCACCAAUAUUUGGCUAUUUAGGUGAUCGAUAUUCGAGGCGUUGGAUUAUGGCCAUAGGUGUUUUGCUGUGGUCGACAACAACGCUGCUCGGUUCAUUUAUGACAGGUUCCGGCUGGUUUAUGACAUUCCGUGCCUUGGUUGGUAUUGGCGAAGCAUCCUACAGUACCAUAGCCCCAACUAUAAUAUCGGAUCUAUUUGUACAUGAUCUACGUUCAAAAAUGCUGGCCGUUUUUUAUUUUGCCAUACCAGUGGGUUCUGGUUUUGGUUACAUUGUGGGAUCUGAAACAGCUCAUUUGGCUGGAAAUUGGCGCUGGGCGCUACGUGUCACACCCAUAUUGGGUAUUGCUGCUGUCGUUUUAAUUAUGCUCAUUAAAGAUCCCGAACGCGGUGAAAGUGAGGGUUCCCACAAUCUGUCAACCACCACAUAUACCGAAGACGUCAAGUACUUGGUUAAGAAUCGUUCAUUUAUGCUGUCCACUGCUGGCUUCACGUGUGUAGCUUUUGUAGCCGGUGCGUUGGCAUGGUGGGGACCAAAAUUCAUUUAUCUUGGCUUAAAAAUGCAACCUGGCAAUGAAAAUCUAAUUCAAAAUGACGUAUCGUACAAGUUUGGAAUGAUAACAAUGAUUGCGGGACUAAUUGGCGUACCCCUGGGUUCUAUACUGGCAACACGCUUUAGACACCAAGUCGAGAAUUGUGAUCCAUACAUUUGUGCUGCUGGUUUAUUGAGUUCUGCCCCCAUGGUUUAUUUGGCAUUGUACUUGUCGCGAUCAAGUGCUUCGUGGUGUUUCCUGUUUAUAUUUGGAGCUCAGUUGGCACUGAAUCUCUGUUGGUCCAUUGUGGCCGAUAUACUGUUGUAUGUCGUUGUUCCAACGCGUAGGUCAACAGCUGAAGCAUUCCAAAUAUUGAUAUCACAUGCCCUAGGUGAUGCCGGUAGUCCUUACUUAGUUGGUGUGCUAUCAGAAGCCAUUAAGAAACAUUUACGCACAAAUGUCCACAGAGCUUCAGAGUUUGUUAGCAGUGGUGGUCUUGAAAGUCUAUCCCUAACAGUGGUAGAAGCUGUGAAUUCGACGAUAGCAAACGCAACAACCACAUUAACGCCUAGUACCACAACGGUUCCAACAACAACAACUACUUCUGCAGCUACUUUCUCAGGCUAUAAUCACAACGAAGAUACUGAUCUAACCAAAUUUGAGGCUCUACAAUAUGCAUUAUUCUCUACGUGCUUUGUUGAAGUGUUGGGCGGUAUAUUCUUUUUGAUUACGGCUGCCUUCAUUAUCAGUGACAAACGUAAAGCUAGUCAGGCCAUCCGUGAUGGCCAUCAAGCUGUGCCAAAUCGUGCCCCUGUCGAUAUUGAUGAAAUUUCAUAAAUUUCAUGUCGAUCGCGCAAUGCUGCAACAACCAAAAUAAAACCAUUUUUAUGAGUUUAUCAUUUUCAAUCAUACUUUCACAAGUCAUUGCAAAAGUAUGUUUGAAUUGAUGCUGCUACAGACUGAUGAACAUAGAAUACAAAACAAUCAUUACAACUAUUCUCCAUUAUAAGUUAAGUUUUUUUAAUUAGUCUGCCACGUUUAGAGGUUUAUGUUUCUAUCGACGACAAAGUGCAAAAGCCCUAUCGCUCGUGCAAAAUUAUGAGAUGAUGAGGUGAAUGCGAGUAACAACACGUUCGCAUAGCAAAAUGUACCACAUCCUAUUUCACUGAGGUACAGGAUGUUCCUACAACCUGCGAGAUAAGAACGACAAUGUACGCCAAACCGGUGAAAAUCGUGUUAAACGAUAUCUCUAAAGAACUAAUUUAUCUCAAGUUUUAGUUUCUAAGUAUUUCUUUUUUAUUAUUUGAAAUUGUUAUUUACUGAAGUUUCUUGCUAUUUUGUUUUAUUUAGUAGUGCGGAAAGGAAAUCAAAAACAAUGUAGUAUUAGUUGUUUUUAUGAUUAUUACUAUUAAAUUAUAAAUAUUAGGUGAACUUCCUUCAUCUGUCGCAUGUAACCAUUUUUAAUUUGAAUUCUCAAUCUAUCAAUUAAAUCAUACAAUUCAUCACAUUAUCCGAUAAUUACCUUGAAUAUGUAAAUGACACACAUACACACACACACACGAAAACGUGAUAAUUUAAUACUAGUAAAGAAAUGUAUUUGUUAUUUAAGAAAUGAGUGCAUAUUUGUGCGCACAUUAGGGAAAGUCGGUCACUUCCAAUCACUUCAUUUUGUAAAUAUUAGUUUGGUAACAAAAGAAAAUCACCAUUCAUUAAAUAUGGACUACGUGUAGACUAGAAUUUGUAUAAUCCAAUAGUUAGUUGUUUCUUAUUUUAUUUUUGGAAACAGAAAAGGAUUGCAUAUGAGAUGCAACAAACUAAAGCAAUUUUUAUAAACAACGUGUACGCUCACUCAUAUCGCCUAUGAUGCCCAUGAAGCCAGAACCCAUUGUGUGUUUUACUUAUAAAAUUUUACAAUUGGUCCAAUGCAUAAAAGUCAUUAGUUACUAAGGUUGUUUCCACUAAAUGUAUUAUUUAAAGAAAAUUUUGUGUAUGUUUCGGGUUUCGGCAUUUCAUGUUUUACAAGUGCAUAAAUUAUAUUUUCAAUUCCGGAAAAUUAGAUAAAUUAAGAAAUCCAGAAAAGACUGUAAUCUCCUGAAAAUUGUUAUAAGCAAAGAAGAAUCAAAUUAUAUGAAUUGAUGGAAUACAAAGAAGUAAAACACAAAUGCCCAGGUUUAUUUUUAUCCACUAUGAAAUAAAACUAAUUCUACAAUGAA